AUCACUUUAAAUUUAGGAGUAAUAAAAGCACGUCUACUUGCUUCAAUUCAUCACAAGUAUUCAAUUUUCAUACUCUACUGAACCAACCAUCAUGUCCAAACAUCUUGGAUUUUUUGUGCUUGCUGCUCUAAUUGCACUUGGAUAUUCAAAGAGCAUCGAUAGUUCUAAAGAUGUCGUUUGGUUUCCUAAUCCCAAUGGCGAUGGGACGUUGAUCCCGGCCCAGUUGACACCCUCACCUGGCGCCAUGGCCGGCAACCCUGAAGAUAUUCAUUUCAUGCUCUAUACGAAGAACAAUAAAGACACGCACGACGAAAUAUUUGCCGACAAUGUUGAGUCCAUUGACCAAUCAAAUUUUAUUGAUGGGGCUCCUGUAAAAUUACUAAUUCAUGGAUUUGGUGCUGACGUGGACAGAUCUUCAUUUCCGAAGGAUCUUCGAAGCGAAUACGUCAAAGAUACCAUGGAGGAAACUUACAACGUGAUCAUUAUGAACUGGUCAAUUCUAUCCGCCGCCCCUGAUUAUUUUACUGCCGUCGCAAAUGCCCAGAUUGCAAGUGCUGAAGCUGCGAAACUAUUAAAGUUUUUGGUGGACCUUGAAAAAACUACUUGGGAUAAAGUCCAUUUAAUUGGAUACAGCUUAGGAGGUCAGGUUGUUGGACAAGUUGGAAAUCAUAUCAAGCAAAUGUCAGGCAUUGUCAGUCGCAUUACGUCCCUGGACCCCGCACUCCCAUUAUUUGACGUCGCAGAUCCAGCAAAUCGCACAACAUUGGACGAUGCUUUGUUCGUUGAUGUGGUGCAUACGGCUGCGAAUGGACUUUUGGGAUUCUGGGAUCCAAUUGGUCACAUUGACUGGUAUCCCAACGGCGGACGAUAUCAGCCAGGUUGUGGGGUUGACUUAACUGGUGCUUGCGCCCAUGGUCGAGCCCCAGCGAUGUUUAUCGAGUCUGUAUUUUCUCAAGUAAAGUUCCUUGGUCGCCCAUGUGAAGAUUACGAAAAAUACAAAAACGGUGACUGUGAUAGCAAUCCACAUGAAGAAAUGGGUCACCAUACUCCUUCUUCUGCUAGUGGAAUUUAUUUUCUGGACUCCAAUGCAGAAUCCCCAUUCGCCCAGGGACCACAAUAAAUAUUCAGAACCGUGCGUACCGUGUAACCUUCCUGCAAUUAAAAGACAUGAUCAAGUAUAAUUUAGUAUUGUAUUGUAUUGUGUAGACUGGCAAUUUGAUAACAUAUCAGAUGAUAUAAUUCUAUUCCAACAUGAGUAUCAAGUUCAAGUA